CGGGGGCGUGGGGGCGAGGACCGCGGAGCAGGUCUUGGGGGUGACCCUCCCGGACUAUCGACAGCUCGACCUUUUGCGGGGCAUGUUCCGCACGGAGAACCUGCAACCCUCGGAGCUGUCCUUCGCGGCCUACGUGUCGGCGACGAACCACGCCUUGGAAGGCCUGAGCUACCCGCAGGGGGGCUUCCGGAGCCUGGCGCGGGCCCUGGUCCCCACCAUCCAGGCGGCCGGCGGCCGGGUCUUGACGCGCGCGCACGUGAGAGAGAUCCUGCUGGACAGCCAGAGCAAGCCCACGCGGGCGGUGGGAGUGGUGCUGGAAAAUGGAGAGAAGGUGUCCUGUGCCAAAUCGGUCAUCUGCGCCUCGGGCGUGGUCCCCCUCUUCACCCAGUACCUUCCCAAGGCCCCUCUCCCCGCGGGGGGAGACUGCUUGCAGGAGGCAAGGCCCCGCCUGUACACGCUCG